GUGUUUAACUCAGUCGCGGAAGGAGAGAAAUUGGGAAACUCAAUGACAAGAGGAGUGAUCAACCUACUUUAUAAGAAAGGGGAUAGGGAUGAGAUGCGCAACUGGAGGCCUAUCUCCCUGUUGAAUUUCUCAUACAAACUGUUGGCUAAAUCUCUCGCCAAUCGUUUGACACCUUAUCUACCUGCGCUGGUGGGGUUAGAUCAGGGGGCUUUUGUCAGAGGGCGAUCCAUCUUUGAGAAGCUAGCUACAGCAAUCGAAGCCAUGAAAGUGAUAGAGGAGCAGAAUCUAGAUGUAGUAAUGCUAAUGCUGGACCUCGAAAAGGCGUACGACAGGGUUAAUUGGUCGUUAGUACUGACGACGCUGAGAGCAAUGCACUUCGGAGAUAGAUUCUGCAGUAUGGUCAAAGCUCUGUACUUCGGUGCAACUGCGGUAGUCCAGGUAAACGGGCACCACUUAGAAGAAAUGACUCUUACGAGGUCUCUCAGGCAAGGUUGUCCGUUGGCACCUCUGUUAUUCGUUCUGCAAAUGGAAAUGCUCCUCAGCGACAUCAGAAGGCAUCCCCUGCUGAAAGGACUGAGACUACGGUCUGGAAAAGAGUGCAGAGUCAAAACUCUGGCGGAUGACCUACUGGCCUUCUCAGUCAACAACAAGAUCUCCCUGGAAGCUCUGAAGAAAUGUCUGGCCAGGUAUGCGGAAUUGUCGGAAGCAGCUGUAAAUUGGAACAAGUCCAUAUUCUUCCUAUCCAGUUCAUAUACACUGAAGGUGGAAUACGGAAUGAGGAGGAUCCCUGCUGAAGAAGCAGAGCGUUAUCUGGGAGUACAAUUGGCACUGGGGAACUGUUCUGCGUCUCAGAGUGGGAUACUGCAGGAGAAAGUGACCGAAAGGAUUAGGAAGUGGGGGAAGGCAAAACAUCUGUCUCUAGUAGGCAGGGUCCUAGCAGUGACUGUUUCUGCCUUCUCGAUCUUAUGGUAUGUGGCGAGGCUGAGAAAGCUGGAGAAAGCAGGGCAAAUUCAUCAUGCUAACGUCAGCAUGCAGUUCGGCCAGGUUCGUGGUGCCUGUUACUCUCGUGUGGUCCCCUCCAUGAUCGUUUCCGAUCCGCAUGUCAUCUAUUUCUCACCACAAGCAGCGGAUCUGAUUGACCUUGAUUUGGCUGAGUUUGAGAGGCCUGAGUUUGCGUUGUUAUUUUCUGGGGCAGCACAGCUGCCAGGCAGCUCCCCGUAUGCACAGUGCUAUGGCGGGCAUCAGUUUGGGGUCUGGGCUGGGCAGCUGGGCGACGGGCGGGCGAUCACACUUGGAGAAGUGGUGAACUCAGCCGGAGAGCGGUGGGAGCUGCAGUUGAAAGGGGCGGGUAAGACUCCGUACAGCCGCUUUGCGGAUGGCAUGGCUGUUCUUCGGAGCUCGAUCCGAGAGUUCGUGUGCAGUGAGGCGAUGUUCCAUUUGGGCGUCCCAACGACUCGCGCACUCAGUCUAGUCGCCACAGGGGAAGGGGUCUUCAGAGAUAUGUUCUACGAUGGGAAUGUUAGGAGAGAGCCCGGCGCUGUGGUGUGUCGCAUGGCACCCAGCUUUGUGCGGUUUGGGACGUUCCAAAUUCAUGCGGCCCGAGGUGGCGAAGACAACAUCCUGGUCCAGAGAAUUGCUGAUUACGUCAUCAAGUAUCAUUUCCCCCAGCUAGAGAAGAAAGGUGCAAGUACCGCCAGCAGCAGCAGCAGCUCGUGCAAGGAGGGCGCAGAGAACGGCGCGUCCGCAGAGAUCCACGAUGCUUCUUCAAGCGACGAAUCAGGAAAAACCUACAACAAGUAUGCAGCAUUGCUUGUGGAAGUCGCGGAGAGAACAGCGAAAAUGGUCGCCAAAUGGCAGGCGGUUGGUUUCACUCACGGCGUACUGAACACAGAUAACAUGAGCAUUCUCGGGCUCACGAUCGAUUACGGCCCAUUUGGUUUCCUUGAGGCAUUUGACCCCAAGUACACACCGAAUACAACCGAUCUCCCAGGGCGGCGCUAUUGUUUUCAGAACCAGCCGGAUAUCUGUUUGUGGAAUAUUGUUCAGUUUGUCAAUGCCUUGCUGAGUGCUGAGCUGCUUACUACAAAGGAAGCUGAAGAGGGUGUUGCAAGGUAUGCAGAGACGUUUCUGCAGGACUAUGGUCUGAUCAUGGCGCAGAAGCUCGGGAUAAAGCAGUACGACAAGCAGAUGGUAUCCGAUCUGCUGGCACUGAUGGCCGCCGAUAAGGUCGACUUCACAAAUUUUUUCAGGGCCCUUGGUAAAGUGAAGGUUUCAGCUGAACCUGGUGAGAGCGGCGAUGGAACAGAUAUCCUCAGCCCACUGGAACCAGUCCUAGGGAAGGAGUUGAAUGAAGAGAGGCAGGGCAAGUGGAAGGAGUGGAUGCAUCGAUACCGAUCUCAGUUGAUUGAAGACGGGAUUCCGGAUGAGGAGAGGCGAGCGAUGAUGAACGCCGUCAAUCCGUGUUACAUACCUCGCAAUUACUUGUUGCAAGUAGCGAUUGAGGACGCGGAGAAAGGAGAGUAUGAUGAGCUGAACCAGCUGAUGGACGUGUUGCGACAGCCAUACGAGGAGCAGCAAGGAAGAGAGAAGUAUGCUGAGCCUGCUCCCGCAUGGGCAAACAAGCGCGGUGUGUGUAUGCUCUCCUGCUCAUCUUGAAAGCUUGAGAGCAGCGGCACUGGAAACACAGGGAGGUGAGGAAAAACAUAAGUAGCUGAUGAUUCAGACUGCUGCCAGAGAGAGGUGGGCAGUGUGGUGGGGGAAAAAAAGCGCAGCGCAGUGUGCAAGCAAGGCUUUGAACCACACUGCAAAUGAAAGUCUGAUUGAACG